GUGCGGGGCGGCCACCGAGCCGGGCGGCGGCGUUGGCGGCUCCGGCCCUUCGGCUCCUCUGCGACAUGGCGCUAAAACGGGGGUUGCCACUCUGUCUCUGGUCCCCGUUGCCCCGGCUCCUCCUGCUCCCGCUGCUGCUGCGGGGCUGUCUGGUCGCUGCGGUGAACCUCAAGUCCAGCAACCAAAACCCAGUGGUGCAAGAAUUCCAGAGCGUGGAGUUGUCCUGCAUCAUUACGGACUCGCAGACGAAUGAACCGAGGAUUGAGUGGAAGAAGAUUAAUAGCGAGGAAACCACCUACGUGUUCUUCGACAAUAAGAUUCAGGGAGACUUGGCGGGCCGUGCGGAGAUCCUGAGCAAAACAUCCCUGCGGAUCCAGAACGUGACCCGGAAAGACAUGGCCUCAUACCGCUGUGAGGUGGUGGCCCGCGAGGACAGCAAGGCUAUCGAUGAGAUUGUGAUCGCUCUCACGGUGCUAGUGAAGCCGGUGGCUCCAGCCUGCAGAGUGCCCCAGUCAGUGCCGGUGGGCAAGUUGGCCAUGCUGCACUGCCAAGAGAGUGAGGGCUACCCCAAGCCCACCUACAGCUGGUACCGCAACAAUGAGCCUUUGCCAAUGGACUCCAAGACCAGCCCCAAGUUCCGAAACUCUUCCUUCCUCUUGAACCCUACAACUGGCACUCUGGUUUUCAAUGCUGUCCAUAAAGAAGACACGGGCCAAUACUACUGUCUUGCUUCCAAUCAAGCUGGCACUGCCAAGUGUGAGGAGCAGGAGAUGGAAGUCUAUGACCUCAACAUUGGUGGGAUCAUUGGCGGUGUGUUUGUAGUCCUGGCUGUCCUGAUCCUGAUAUCACUGGGAAUUGGCUGUGCCUACAGAAGGGGCUAUUUUGUCAACAGCAAGCAGAAUGGAGAAAGCUACAAGAAUCCAGCCAAGUCCGAUGGCGUGAACUACAUCCGGACAGAUGACGAGGGCGACUUCAGGCACAAGUCAUCGUUCGUCAUCUGAGAUCAGACUGGCGGCAGAGGACACAUGCAGAUACCUCUGUUGGGAACUCCAGUUGAGAGCCGCUGUUCAGCAAGAUGCACUUGGAAAGAAAAACUCUUGCAAAAACUUUUUUCUUUUGCCAAAGUUGAUCACUGUUCCGUUCUCAGUUUUAACAAGCAAUGAAUUAAGUGAAUUCCCCCCAGGAUGGACACAGCAGUCAUGGAGAGGAGGAGAAGAGAUGAAUGCCUUCAGUGAGUUUGGUCGGCAAGUUCAGAGACUGACUGACCCCACCAGUGCCCCCACUGCCCUUUGGGUAUUUUAAAGAGCUCUUCUAGUCCAAACUUCCCCAUGCUAUGGUUUAGGGUGGGAGGGCUUGGUCAGGCCUGGGCCUGGUCAUCAUGGACAAGGAAAGCCAAUUUGCGUGCCAUUAGUCACUACCCAACUAAUGUAGAGGAGAAUGUUGGGUGGGGGUGGGGCGGGGAGAGGGGAUGGGAAGGAGGCACCAUUGUAUAGCACCAGCUGUUUAGGAUUUGGGGAACAUGGAUCGUGAUUGGAUUCUGCUGGCACAGAGUGGGGAACUACUGUGCAGUGGACUCCACAGAGAUGAGGCCUUUAUGCAACUAACCUGUUUGAAGUCGACCAGCUCCGUGCCAGCGUUCACAAAUCCUAAUCAGCGUGACAAGGAUCAGCCCAGGAAUUGAUUUGUUCAGUAUUAUGUGAAAAUGACAAAAAUCAGAAAAGUCACUGGCCUGCAGGAUGUGGGCAGACUAAUUCUGACCUGAUGUCAGCAGGUCCGCCUGGGUGGGUUUAGCAUUUGAGAAUAACCUUUUGAGGGAAAAGCGAAGCCACCUAUCUGGGCCAGAUUUCAAAAUGGUACUUAAAGGGUUUUUGCUUUUCUAUGGUUCUGGUUUGAUUUUUAAAGAUUCUGCAGUCUAAACUUUUGCAAAAAGAUAUAUUUUGAUUACUGCAUAGGAGGUAGAUUUCUAUUUAAACUGUAAAUAUGUCAAGCCAACAAUGUUAACUAGUCUAGCUAUUUUUUUAAAACUCACGAGGAGGUCAAGCCACUUCAGUGUUACAUGGAGAACAUUGAGCCUUCAAAGCAGCUGCUUGAGAGAAACCUUCCCAGCUUGCAAACAGAUGACCCUUCUCCCCAAAGGACCAGCAUUUCCUGAGGCCAGAGCAGCCUGGUAAGCACUACCGGGUGGAACGGCGUUUGCUCAGGGACCCAAAAUACUCUGAGACAAGCUGUGCUCUUUUGUACUUUUUGAUAACUCCCAGCUGUUCCCCAGAAAUAUCAUAGGGUCCCAGCGUGGCCUUUGGAGUGCCUCUUCUGACUGCCUCAGGUAACAAAGAGGAAGUAGCUCUACUUACCUCCCUGUUUAUAGGAGUUGGGGGGUAUGAGUUGCUCCCCAUACCCUGAUUGGCCUGGAUCUUCUGAGGACUGGGCUAAGAGGCUGCUUGUCCCUAGAGCCCAUCAUGUCUUGGAGCCUUGACUCCUUUAGGAAUGGCGAGAUCAGGCACUUGGUCUAAUGGUUUUAGGAUAUCUUUCCAGGCUAAACUGUGCUGGAAAGUUAAGGCUCUUUUCCUGUCCUGACAGCCCCUGACCCGCCUAAGAGUUCAGCGCAAGAUUUGGGCAAUCCAGGCUGCCAAACUCUGGUACCUACAGCUGUUUGUUUUAUAUUAGUUUAAUUAUUCAUGUGUUUCAUGUGAAGUGCCUGAGGCCAGAGGGCAGUUUUAGAAACCAAAUCUUGAAUUAGGAUACUGUUUUUUUUAAAAGCAAAUGAAUUCCAUAAUUACUCUUUGCUUAGAGAAAGCAGGCCAGACCUUGAAGAUUCUGACUCACUUCACAACAAGCCAUUGUGCACUGGCAGCUAACCGGCCCUUGGAAGGGAAUUCGACAGUGAGGCUAGCUAAGGCAGAAAGUCCACUGUGAGGCAAGUCAAAUGCCUGCAUCAAAAGCAUUUUUGCAAUUUUGAUUUUAAACUUUGAUCCACCCCAAACCACUGUUCACUUUUGUGAGAGCUCCAGAAAAGGCCCAGUUCUCCAAAGCUGUCAGCCUCAAACACAUAACUGAGCCUGAUGAUCCACGGCAUGAAGGAAGGGCUUUGAUGCAAGGCGUUUCUCUCAUGGAAUCCCUUCAGUAUGGGGGGCGGGAGGGAUAGAGGUAUUUUCCAGGAUGGUUUCAUGUAGCAGAAUCAAGUCAUCUUGUGAUUGAACUUGUAAGUUUUGUCUUAACUUUUUGUGCUUUGACAGGAUUUCUUUUUUGAAUGCUUGAAACUUUUGACUGUCUGGGUUAUUUUUAAAGCGUUCUAUUCUACUCUGCCUUGGGUUUUUCCACCAAAUAUUAGUUUUUGAUAGACAUCUGAAUAGCUGUUGCUUCACAGUACCUGUCCUCUUUUGCAUUUAUUUGAAACGUUUAGAGGUGGGACUGGCCUCAAUCAGAUGGAGGUGCUGGGCUCCGUGAGACAAGAUGGCCACCUCCUUUGGUUGCCAUGGUGAUCGGGUAGCCUCACCACCUCCUGUUUUAUAUAUAACAAGCUUCCCACCCUGCCCCUAUAUCCUGUCUCAGAGAGUGGCAAAAAGACAGGUGGCCUGAAAAGAAGUAGCCUGUUGCUGAACAGGGGGUGGGGGCCAGCCCAAGCUUUCUGACACGGAGGUGAAGAUGUCAUUUUUUUCAGAUCUGAAAUGUGACAAAGGGUGGGCGUUCAAUAGCCCACUAAAGACUAUUACUUAGAUCUUCGGGAGGGAAAUUGCUGUACAAAGAUAACAUUAAAGCUUCGUACUAACAAUUAUGUAUACAAUUGAUAUUUCUGUGAAAAGCUUGGGGGGGGGGUUGUUUUUGUUUUUUUUUUUUUAAAGUUCAGCUUCAUCCUGGCUUUUUUGAUUUCUACCAAAGGGACCUCCUUCCCUGUGUCCUUGAUUGCCAUUCACUAGUGUUUGGCUCCUGGGAGGGAGACACAAAUUAUGUAUGCCAGCCACUGGAAGUGGGGGCGUUCCACCACAGGAAGGCUUCCCUACCCAGGCUUUCUAGGAGACAUUGGUGCUGGGACUGGAGAUGUUUCCUGAGAAACGUCCCUGGGAGGCAGACAACUAAUGACAAAUCUGUUGCCGUCUCACUGGUUAAUAUCAUUUAAAACUCUGGGGUGGAGAGGGAGGUGUGUAAGAAUGACAUACCAUUCCUCAAGCCCAAUUUCCUUUUGCAUAAGAACUAACCCGAUCAUUUUGCUGCUGUAUCAGGAUUAAACGAUGACCCACCUGA